CCACGAGCAAAAGAAAACAAAAAGUAAAUACAAUCUGGUCAAUUAGGCAUGAAACACGAGCCAAUAAAUUAUUGACAGAUUUGAUAUUAACACUCAAGACGAGAGUAAACUUUCAACCUCAAACCAAAAUGGAAAUGAUCCGGCAUAACCAUGUGAAUGUUAGGGGUCUGAAACUUCAUGUUGCAGAGACUGGAACAGGUCCUGCUGUGGUUUUCUUACAUGGGUUUCCAGAAAUUUGGUAUUCAUGGAGGCAUCAGAUGAUAGCAGUGGCUAACGCUGGAUUUCGAGCAAUAGCACCUGAUUUCAGAGGUUAUGGACUUUCUGAAGUGCCUGCAGAGCCAGAAAAGGCAACAUUCAGGGACCUUGUGGACGACACUCUCGCAAUUCUUGAUUCUUUUGAGCUCCAGAAGGUUUUUCUUGUGGGAAAGGAUUUUGGAGCCCGAGUAGUUCACCAUUUUGCACUCCUUCACCAAGACAGGGUUGCAGCACUUGUGACAGUGGGUGUGCCAUUCAUGACUACCGGUCCAGAAUCUUCUCUGGAUUUCCUGCCGAAGGGAUUCUAUAUGUUGAGAUGGAGGGAACCAGGGAGGGCUGAACAAGAUUUUGGCAGGUUUGAUAUCAAGACAGUGGUGAAGAACAUAUAUAUUCUCUUCUCAGGAAGUGAGUUACAAGUAGCUAGAGAAGACCAGGAGAUAAUGGACUUGGUUGAUCCUUCUACACCACUACCCCCUUGGUUUAGUGAAGAAGAUCUUACUAACUAUGCAAACCUAUACGAGAAAUCUGGUUUCCAAACUGCAUUGCAGGUCCCAUACAGAACUUGGUUAGAAGGGGAUGGAGUUGAAAAUCCCAGGAUCAGUGUCCCCGCCCUGCUGAUAAUGGGAGAAAAGGACUAUGCCUUGAAGUUUGCAAGUCUAGGAGAAUACAUAAGUAGUGGAAAGGUCAAAGAAUAUGUUCCUGAGCUGGAGAUAACUUUCUUGCCAGAGGGAACCCACUUUGUUCAAGAGCAAUUUCCUGACAAGGUGAACCAGCUUCUGCUGACCUUCCUGAAUAAGCAUAAAUGAACAAGGAUAACACUGUUGUACUGAUGUAGCGCUUGAACAAUCUUUGGAGUACAUCUUGCAUUCUUCUCUGCAGAAUUUCUAAUUGUAAUGCAACAUAAGAUGAUGUUUCAAGCGAUUAUCUUUGUUCCUUUGUUGGAAAAUGAUUGAACUGAAAAGAUAUGUGGAGAAUAAUGGUUGAGAUUUAUGUUCCAGAAUUUACAGUUUAGUAAAUGUAAUUUACCAUUCUAGAGCUCUA